AUGUUUAAAAAAAUUAAUGAACAUUAAAAAAAUUUGUAAGAUAAGAAUAAGAAAAUUUAGAAUUAUCAGUAUGCUUUGAAAAAAGAAAAGCAAUUAUUGGGUAAAUUUAACAGGGAUUACAUCUAAAUAUAUAAUCAUCUAAAAUUUUAUUUUGAGGAAACUUUUAUAGAUUAUGGUAUAUUUGCCUAGUAAAAAGGAAAAUAGAAAUUUGAUUAUAUAAGAACCACAACCAAGUUCUUUGAAUAUUUACUUAUAAAUGAUAAAUAAUUGAUAGAAGCAGAAGAUAUUGUAAAUUUUGUGAAGGUUGAAAAAAAAAUUAAUGUUAAUGCGUUAUUAUAAUAUGCAAAUUAAUAGUUGAUUAUGAUAACUGAUUAAUAAUUAAAUGAAAUUAGAGAUUAUCAAUAUAUAAACGGACAGGAUAAAAAUUGCAGUUAAUAAAGAAUCAGAUAAAGAGACUGA